AUGGAAAAAACAACAACUCAGGGGCACAAAAAAGGAGCAGUGAGUGAAGACAGCCCCGCCCACAUUUAGAGGCAUGGAGAGAGGACCUGCAUGAAAACAUCAAAACUGAGGACUGGGAGAGGGCAUGUACUAAAGCACAGUCACAAACAGUUAACACGCUUCUUAAACUACUGCAUUUUAACUGCUUGAUGUGAGCGUAUAUAACCCCAGAAAAGCUCAAUAAAUACAGUAAACUAUACUUGAUUUAUGUAUGAAAUGCAGAAAGGAAAAAGAUUCACUCUUCCACUGUUUUUGCCAGUGGACUCAAAGUAUGUUAACUAAUGUUAUAAGUGAACCAUAAAAACAGACACUGGCAUUUAGGUGAUGACAUAAAAAAAUCCUUAAACGGUGUUUUAAACAAGUAAAAACAUAAUAAAUGAACUAAUAAAAACAUAGUUAUUAACACUAUAUUCUAUUCCUGCAGCUGAUAUAUCCCUCUGAAUCCUCCACAUUGCACCUUUAAGUAAAAGACCUCAUGAUGCACCUCUGGAUUUGAAUUUACUGCCAUGUCAAUGCCAACAUUCAUAACCUAUUUGCAUAAAAACCAGCACACAUGUUCUGCUCCCACUUACAAUAUUCCCUUCAACUAUAAAUCAUGUUAGUGGUGUUUCCCUGUGUGGUCACUCAGCAGCUCCUUGUUUCCAGGUUGGUCAAUGAUUUCCCCAAACCUGCAGCAGAACGUUCAGUUUUUAAGAAACUGUCAGCUGACACGCUGGUGAGAGCGAGUCCACCUGUGGAGUUAAAACUUCAACCAGCUCCUCUGAGAGGUCACACAGGUUUACAUACACAACACACCUCCUCCACCAGGAGUUAAACUUUGUCCCUGUGGAGCUGUGGAGGGGGGAGAUGUGGAGGGGGAAGUGUUGGUCGUCUGAUUAAUAACUCUGCUUUGGAAGGGCUGCCUUAUGGUCCAGUGUGCCAGGGAGGUGGAGGUUGUUAAACUAUAACGGCAACCAGCCGUGUAUAAUGCCGACAUUGACACCUUUUUUGUUGGUUUCUGACGCCACAAGUCACUGCCUAAGUGCCAGAUUUCAACAACUUCGGGGUGAGACCGGGCUCCUUUGAGUUAGCUGCUAACUGCUAACAGCUACUUUUUAAAUUUAAUUAAAUAACACACCUGGUGGCGAAGUUAUGGAGAUGGAGAAGUUAGUUUGAAGAACUCCCCCAGUAAGACAAUAUCUGUUUCUGUAUUUUUAAAUGUUGCUUCCACUUUAUGGAUCGUCAAUUAAUCAUCAUGUCAUUUUAUCAGCACACCUGCUUUAAGGUAAACACAUCACAGUCGUUUAUUGAGUCCAGAGUUUCAGGCAGAGUGAGUCAUACAGGGAAGAGACACUGUCUGCUGAUCUGUGAUAAAUGAUAUGGUCUCACAUGUUCUGCUGCUGCUCAUGACACGGCUCUGAUGAAUGACUGAUUCUAGUUAAAGAAUGAAUGAACAAAUUAAACAUUUAAACUCUGAGGGGAAUUUGCUUUGCACAAAUCAGCCUAAACGAGUAUCACAAACACAUGAACUGUUAACACAAAAAAAAGGGGGGUCAUAAAAAAACGUUAUAAAACAUCAUGAAAGCAUCAUCACUGGGAAUCUGAUAAAGGACUGAGAGUGAGAGAAUCUGUUAUUUCUGAGUAACACACUGCCGCUAUGGACGCAGUGAUGCCAUUUGGAGCCAGAAUAAGCACCAAGCCCCCUUCAAAGACUUUUCAAAGAAACCUGAUGUCCUUCACGGGGAUGUUGUCAAGGUUGACACCUUCGCCAUCUCAAAGACAUCUCUGAAGGAAUGUUUUGAGACUCUGAUGGCACCUGACGCACCUUGGCAGCUCGGACUGGGGUAAUCUGCCUUCAUUAUCUCUGGUGUCCCUGAACUCACCAUGGACCCGGGCAGGGAUGGGCAGUUUUUCUAUUACUUGUAUUUAAAAUACAUAUUUCAAUUACAUUUGAGUAUUUUGUAAUUUGUAUUUGAUAAGGCCGAUAAAAAGCAAAUGUAAUUUGUAACAAAAUACUUUUGAGUGGAGUAAUCUUGUAUUUGAAAUACUCAAAAUACUUUCUCCUCAAAUAAAAAAAAACAAAAAUAAUAGGCUACACAUUCUUAUAAUAUUGGAUGUAACAAUAUUUUUUUUUACUUUUUUUAUUUAUUUAUUUAUUUAUUUUUUAAAAAUAUUUUUAUCUAUAUGUUUUUUAAACUUGGGCCCUUCAGUGACCUCGUGGCCUGCUUUACUGGACUGUGCAUAACAUAGGAAACUGUAUGUUGUUGUGGUUGAUGCUUGGGAUGAGUCUGCUACAAAUGAACUGCCUCACGUGGGAUCAAUAAAGUUGCCUGAAUCUAAAUCUGAAUCAAUAAAUAAUAUUUUAGUGUAGCCUACAUGUCCCUGACUUUUUUUCUCUUUUUCAUUUGAAAAAGGUUGAACACAGGCUCCAAGUUAGCCUAACCCUAACCCCACUACCAUCCCACCGGCCAGCGAAAGAGAGAAAUGUAUAGGCUACUCACUUGCUGUUACGUUAGCCUACGUGUUCACUUUUGUAUUCAUCAACCAUUUAUUUUUUUAUUCAUUUUUCUGUGCAGAGCUUGAUGUUUUUAUUUGUAUGACUUUUAUAGUACACAUAGGCCUAAUGCUAUUCAUAUGUUAUUAUCACAGUGUCUGUGAAUAUUUUAUUUGUUGAUACAAAAAAAAAAGUAUGGGCUGCUAAGUCUGGUUAAUAAAUAUAUAUAUGUACAUAAUCAAGUUGUUGUCUUUUAAUGGCUUUGCUUAGUUACACUUAGUUCUGUGACUGUUCUGCCUUUUUGUGGGGUUCACCAGAGCUUUGUGUGUAUCCUACAGCCCAAACCUGAAUACUCUGCUUCACCAAAUUGUGAGAAAACAAGCGCAAAUUUGCUACUAUCACGCCAUUAAUGGAUGAAUCAUUGUUGUUCUUUGUGGCAUAGUUACUUGUGGUCUCUAAUUGCAGCAUGUACAUUUUGAGCAUUUUUGGUCAAGGACUUUUUGAGUUAUUCAUGAAAAGCUCUGUGGACCGACCGACCAACCGACAGAGUGACCUACAGAGCUGCGAGUCGCUGCUAAAAAGAAAAAGAAGUAUUUUCUGUAUUUGAAAAUACAAAAUACAUGUAUUUUAUUUUGAUACAUUUAUUUGAGGGGUAUUUUGUAUUUUGUAUCAAAAUACAUUUUGAUGUAUUUUUGCCCAUCUCUGGACCCGGGCACAUGCAGCAGGCUGUGAGGCAUAAUCGCAAAAAUGCAUCAGUGACAAAUGUCUUUGUUUUACUGCAAAUUAGAGUCAGUGAGAUAAAAACUGUACAGAUAACAUUUAUGUAACAAGAAAUAUAUCAUCUGAAUUUCUCCAGUACUGAGAGCAGAACCGUUAAGGUCAGAGCUAAUCAAUACCACAGUCUUUAUUAAUUCGGCCCCGGGGCCCAUUUCAUACCAGGUUUCAGGACCCAUCCCUACUGACAGGUGUAGUUCGGUAGACAGAAAAUAGUUCCUACAUGAAACUGCUCACAACAAGGCCUGUGGAUUAUCUUGAGUAACCGGCUCAUGAUUUCUGGAAAGAGACAUUGAUGUUGAGAUUUUAAAAUGUACUUUUUGGCGCUUUGAGCUCCACAAGCUGAGUGUCAUCUAGUUCCAUUAUAGUGGAGAGAAGGCAGACGUCUCUACGGCCGAUAUCUCCAACACUCUGCAACUCACACCAAAAGUAUCCAGACUGAUAAAUAGCACCACAGGUCAGAGGGAGAAUAUGUAUUUGUGAUUUCGGGUGGACUGUCCCUUUAAUAUGUGGAUAAACAGGACUGAAUUUUCUCAGCUUGUUACCUAAUUUAUUCUAUUUUUUUUAUGUGGUUUACUUCCUGAUCUUUGCUAACAACCUGCUGAUCAUACACAGUACUGUCCCUUUAAGUAAAGGAUGUAAAAACUUCCUCACCACCUAUUAUGAAAUAAUAGAAACAACUUUACCACCAAGUUUUGUUAAUAAAUAAAAGUAAUGCUGCCAAAGUCUGUAGUACAUUUAUCACACACACACACACACACACACACACACACACACACACACACACACACACACACACACACACAGCUGUUCCCAGAGCCUCUGGAGGAUUAUCCAGCUUUACACUGGCUUUGAGGGGAAACCGAGGGGUGGAGCAAACAAAGGUGUGUCUCCCCCGCAGGUAAAAACACAGUGCCAUGGUUACCUGAGCAGCCAGCAGCUUGCUCGACAACUGGAGCAGCACAAGAGGAGCUCAGUCAGUUACAGAUAUGGCUGGAUGUGGCUGGAUUAACGUCUGGGAGUAUGUUAAAGCUGUUUGCUAUUCCAGUUUGUGGUAACAGAUAACAGGUAGUCACACUUCAACUGCAACUGAACGCCUCAAAGUCCUGUCAUGAAUUUUUCAGUGUGACGUUUUCUUCUGCUGCACAUCUUAAAGGACGACAACCCACAUCUCGGGACGGGACGGCGUCAACAUGCUGGAGAGUGUCUUUGCUCAGGGGGGACAAAGUCAGGGGAUGGUGGAUGGAUGGAAACUGGCGGACAGCAGGAGGAUGUGUAGUCGGUCGUGGCGUCACAUUUUCAUCUUCAUCCUGGUGCUGGCUGCAGUUUUGUUUCUCUACACAAACAGAGAGGAGAUGGAGCCGGACUGGAACCCCAGCCACUGGUGGAAUCCAUUCAAAAGUCAGCAACAACACGUCCUCUCUGCCAACACGACUGGUUCCAGCGACAUAACAGGUGGAUCUGGACCAACUGAGACCAGCUCGAGUGCAUUCCCUCAAACUGGGAAUAUGUCAUUGUCUCAGGUGACAGAUGUGAUGACAACGACUCCACAGCUGAGCACAACGACCACGACUCCACAGCCGAGCACAACGACCACGACUCCACAGCCCAACACAUCGACCAUGACUCCACAGCCUACAAAAGCUUCUGUGGUGACUCAGCUGAUGACACCAAAUGAGACCAAGCCACCAACACCGGUUCCUUAUGUAUCUCCGGGCCCGUACGUCGUGGAAUACCCGUAUGAGUACCACUUCAUUAUAAACGAGCCCAAGAAAUGCGAGCAGCAGAAGCCUUUCCUGGUUCUGAUGGUUCCUCUGGCGCCCAGCAACAGGGCUCAUCGCGACAUCAUCCGCAGCACCUGGGGAAGUGAAAGUCUGGUACUGGGCAAAAUGGUGCAGCUGUUCUUCAUGCUGGGGCUGCACAGCGGUGAGGGAACGCCGCAGCUCCACGAGCAGCUGCUGCAGGAGAGCAGAGAGCAUCAGGACCUGCUCCAGAGCAACUUCCUGGACUGCUACAAGAACCUGACCAUCAAGACCAUGGUGAUGAUGGAGUGGCUGGACUCGUACUGCUCCAGCGCCUCUUACGCCAUGAAGAUUGAUUCAGACAUGUUUCUGAACGUGCACAAUCUCGUCAACAUGUUGUUGAACGCUCCAAAGUCAAACUACAUGACGGGACUCGUGGCGAGAGGAGCUAUGGUCCUGAGAGAUCCGAAGUCUAAGUGGUUCCUCCCUGUGGAGCUUUACCCUCAGCCACAGUACCCUCGUUACGCUUUGGGUCUGGGCUACGUUUUGUCUCUUGACCUCCCUAAAAAGCUUGUGGAGGCGUCCAGACACAUUAAAGCUUUCUACAUUGAAGACGUGUAUCUGGGGUUGUGUAUGCAGCACCUGGGCAUCCCUCCCACUGACCCUCCAAACUGGGGGUAUUUUCAGGUGUUUCCUGUGAUGUACAGUCGCUGUGCUUACUCCAGACUGAUAGCCACAACUGUAAAUGGAAACAGGGACCGCGUGGCUGACUGGAAGGACUUUAAAAAGCCGGGUCCAUACUGCUGAUCUAUAAAUAAUAGGGCAGCUAAAGAAGGACUUAGGAGCUGUACACAUGCCGUGUCUUUAACCGCCUGGAGAACACAAGGUCAGGCAAUGGGUACUCUUUUCUGUACCAACUUUCAAGAGCACAAUGGCAGGUUGCGUCUGAGGUUACUAAGCAACCUCAGCAAGCACCAUAUCGUAGCCUAUUGAUCUGAAAUCCUGAGUGCAGAGCUGUUGUCUGUGGGACAGAUGUGACGCUCUGACAGCUCUGCACCAGCAUGAUCACCUUCUCCACCAUAUUUAUCACAGACUCAUAUUUACUCAAGAAGGAAAGAUAUCUGUCAGCUGUGAUUGGUCGGUGCUCGUCAUGUGGUGCAAGAACUCUAAAAGUUGUGCCCAGUUUGUGCAGCCGUCACACCCUGAAAAACAGGCACUCGGGAAGCCGUGUGUGCCACGUGGCAUUGCACUGGCGUUUGAGAGUGCCUUCCGCACAUCUACAUUAAAAACAAUGAAUCUGAGGGCACAAAAAGCAUCUGUACGACCCAUUAAAAGGACAGACCAGCCCAAAAUCAAAAUUCUUGUCACCUGUGGUGCUAUUUAUUGGUGAGUGUUGGAGAUAUGGGCUGUAGAGGUGUCUGCCCUCUCUUGUGUAUAAUGAGACUAGAUGGCACAAAACACAUAUCUACAACAAAACAAAGCUGUAGACUGAAACACUUGAGAACAAAAAACAAGACAGAUCAGCAUGACAGAGGCUGCUGCAGCACAUCUGGUGCACAUGCUGAAGUUCGAUUUAAUGUGCAGAUUGUAAUGGUAACGAGUAAUGAGUGUAUAAAUGACAAACUCAAAACUAUUUUAUUCAAGUUGCCUUUGACUUUUUAUGAAUUCAGUGAAUUAUACACAAAAUGACAGCUAUUUGUGUAGUUGGCCUCCACAAUUUCAUCAAAAAAAACAAAACAACUAAAAACAUCACAACACUUUUUUUUUUGUUUUUUGAAAACAACAAUCCCCCCAAAAAGCCCCCAAAUUCUGGAGGGGCUGAUUAGCUUAGGUCAGCAGUGCUAGGUGAGCGAGCAGUAGAUGCACGCCUCCUUCUGUGUUGCGGUUGACAAGUGUGGUUUAGUAGAAAAGAAAAUAGUUCCUACGUGAAACUGCUCGACAUGAAAUUUGUGGAGAAGUUGAGGUAAAAUUGUAAGGUUGCUCAGAAUCCAUGGGGAUUGGUUGAAUUUCCAUUAAGUGUCGCAGUCACGACAACACAACAUCUUAACGUCUGGCCCUGUCACAAGCACGAGCCUCUCAUCCAUGAGUAGAUACUUCUGUGCAGUGAUACUGUUGGUGGGUGUAGUUCAGUAGAAAGAAAAUAGUUCCUCCGUGAAACUGCUCACAAGCUGAGUGUCAUCUAGUACUGAAGAAAAGGGAGACAUCUCUAUGGCCGAUAUCUCCAACACUCAGCAACUCACACCAAAUCUAUCCAGAGUGAUGAAUAGCACCAGAGGUAAGAGGAGAAAUAUGUGUUUCUGAUUUGGGGUGGACUGUCCUUUUAAUAUACUGAUCAACAAGACUGAAUUUUCUCAGGUUGUUUCCAAAUUUAUUCUAUUUUUCAUGUGGUUUAUGUCCUAAUUUUUGUUAACAACGCGCUGAUCAUACACAGUAACUGUUACAUUGGUGUUUAUACAUAUAAAACAUUCCCUCUCAUGAAUUUGUGAAUCCUUGGGUGGCGAAGGACUGGCCUUACUCUGCCUCUGACUGACUUAUUACAUUCUUAUCCUAACCACUCCGACAAAUGAAGGCAAUCAUCAGUCGGAGGGCAGGUUAUUCCUUCACUAUCCUAGGAUUCACAAAUUUGUUCUGCUCUCAGGUUUCAAAGUGUUAAACACUUAACGACAGGGUUUUCUGUUACACUGAGGUCACCUCGCUGCACUGUAGGUCAAAACUGAUUCUAGUCAUCAAGUGCAAUUUAUUACAACCGAGUGCAGCUAAGAAUCUGAGUGUGAAAUACAGUGGCUGAGAUUUUUAAAUCCAGUAUUUUAAAAAAAAUACUGAAAAUAUGGAGCUGUAGGGGUAAAACAUGCACAGACUGUAUGUUUAACUGUAAUUCUCCUUUUUUCAACAUUUCCUCCAGUCUCGUGAUUUGCGAGUGAAAAUGUGGCACUUUUAGUUUCUCAACCAUAAAUUCGAAGAAGAAAAUGAAAGUUGGCAUUUUGGGCACAACUACAGAUUCAAUCAGAGCAAACCAUGAAAGGCUGAGAAACUCUCAGUCCGUCCUCAUCUGCUGAGCUGGUGAACUUACAUUUAACUACAUGAAGGAAACAGACAGCUGUUAGCUGAGGGCAGGUCUUCAAGAGAAACGCUUUGGAUGAUUAAUUAUUAGUACAGCUGUUUAUAUAAUGAGAUACAAAGAAGUGGUGAAGUAAUCACAGUUAAUAAUAACUGGGCGGACGCAGCACUUUGCUAUAAUAAAGAAAUUAAAACCUCAGGUGUGUCAGGCGUGUAGCUGUCACCACAAAUAUGUUACAGCCUUUAACAAACACUGUAACAAGAGCCACAGCGACACUGUGCCAAUUAUCCCAGCAGCUCUGUUUAACCUUACAGCUGCUCUUCAGCUGUAGCGACAGAAAACAUCCCUCUUUCUCCCACAUGAGACGUGUUGAGACCCGUCACAACAUUCAGGGGCGACUCUGCACCGGAAAAAACAUUUUGUCCUGGAUUUAUCUGAAAAGUGCUUUAUUUCAGUUUAGUAUUCAAACAUUCCAAUGCUUUCCACUUUAAGGAAGCCUGGGUGAUAAUUUGGGCUGCAGCUGCUACAGAGUUUAAUUUCACCUCCUUCUGAGGAUGCAUGAAGAAGACUGACGAGGUCAAACCUCCAACAACACCUGAACUUUAAAGAACAACUUUGUUGUUUGUGUGUCUCGUGGCCGUGCUGAUACAUGCUGUACUGUCACAUUUCAUUGACCCAGUCACCAGAAAAAAAACUGGUAUUGUUUCUGCAAACCACAGAUAUAUUUGUAGAUUAUUACUUUAUGUUUCAACAACGCUGUGGUUUACGUGUGGUCAAGUUUAGGCAAGAAAAGCACUCGGUUAUGGUUAGGAACAGAUUACGUUUUGGGGCACAAUGCCCGCUGGAAACACAGACAUGUCUUGGUAAAAAACAUGCCACUAUCACUGCUGGAGACACAGCAGCACGUCGCUACAAAACAACCAGUAUUGCUGUUUGUUGGUCUCGACCAGUGGCGGGCACAACCCGCUUAAAAUGCAGCAAUGUUUCCAUAAAAAAUAGCUACUUUUUGUGCAACCACCCCACCUGGAAAAACAGCAAUGAAUCACUAAAAAACCACCUCUUUUUGCUGUUUGUUGGUCUUGAAUCAUGGUCGGCAGACAUCUGCAGCUUUAAGCACGAUCCCCUCUUGAAAUGCAACAAUGUCUCCAUAAAGAACAACCAAUUUUCAUGCAACUAUCCCCACUCUCAAAACAGCAAUCAGUCACUAAACAUAGUCAAUUUUGUUGUUUGUUGUUCUCAAAAAGUGAUCUGGAACUUAAGGUAUGAUACCUGCUGGAAAAGUAGCAGCGUCUCAAUGAAAAUCACCCUCUUCUCAUGGCACUACUGAGGAGGAUGGACAAAAAAAGCUGAAAAAGCUGCUGAAAAUGCAGCAAUGACUCGCUGAGAAACAACUGGUUUUGCUGUUUGUUGGUGUUGAACAGUGACCUGCAGCUUGGCAGGCGUCUCUCGCCGUUCACCAUCUCCUCCACCUCCUGAUGACAGAGUCAGCUCACACACUACAGGGUGCCGUUUGUAAAGUGUCUCACGCUGAAAAUCACAUCAACAUUUUGCCACAUUUAGCUUCAAACA